AGGGGGCAGAAGCACCGGCGGGCUGGCCUAGUCCACUUCCUCUCUUUGUUGAACCAGCUUCUUUUCCUUCUGAGAGUUCACUGGAAGCAGCUUCUGGAAUCGGCCAAGAUGAGCCUGACCCUGCUGCUCAGCCUUGGGGGAGCCCUGGGCUGGGGGCUGCUGGGGACCUGGGCCCAGGCCCCUGGUUCCAGGUUCCCUGACCCACAGAGCCCCAGGCUGCCGGGGGUCUGGAGGGCAGAGGCUGAGGACAUCGGCAGGGACCCCGUCAGACGCAACUGGUGCCCCUACCAGAAGCCCAGGCUGGUCACCUUCAUAGCCGCGUGCAAUACGGAGAAAUUCUUCGUCCGCUCGGAGCAGCCGUGCCCACCGGGAGCUGCGGACUGCCAGAGAGCCAAAGUCAUGUACCGCGUGGCCCGCAAGCCGGUGUACCGGGUCCAGCAGAAGGUGCUGGCCUCCGUGGCCUGGAGGUGCUGCCCCGGCUUCUCUGGCUCUGACUGCCAGCACAGCGAUCCCGCUGCGGUGCCCGAGCCUGCGGACCCGGGGGACGGCCUCCACACAGCCUGGGAAGGGCCAGUUGUCUCUGGAGCCGGCCACCCAGCUGCAGAGACCAGCAACGCCAUGGUGCGGCAGGGACACCCGCUGAGAGACCUCCAGAACGACAUGCACCACAUGGAAGGUAGCCCCCCAGGCCCGGAGAAGGCCCCGGCCAGCAACCUCACAGCUGCAGUGACCGAGGCCAAUCAGGGGGAGCCCGAGUCUCCUGGCAGAUCCUCGGAGCAGGUGCCGCAUUUCAGCCCUGUUUGGAGUGACUUUAACCACAGCCUGAACAGCCUCUUUGAGACCAUCAGAAACCUCUCUCUUGCGGUGGAGGCCAACCGACAGACCAUCAGGAUGGUCCAGGACAGCACCGUGCCCAGGGCGGACUUCCAGGAGCUGGGUGCCAAGUUUGAGACCAAGGUGCAGGAGAACGCCCAGAGAGUGGGCCAGCUGCAGAAGGACGUGGAAGACCGCCUGCACGCCCAGCAGCUGUCUCUGCACCACUCCCUCUCGGAGGUCCAGGCUGAUGUGGAUGCCAAGUUGAAGAGGCUCCUUAAGGCCCAGGAGCAGCUGGGGACCAAUGGCAGCCUGGUGCCGGCAGCGGCAGGGGCUGGGGCCAGGCCGGAGCCGGAGAGCCUGCAGGCCAGGCUGAGCCAGCUCCAGAGGAACCUCUCAGCGCUGCACCUGGCCACCAGCGGCAGGGAGGAGGCCUUGCAGAACACCCUGGAGGACAUGAGGGCGACUCUGGCCCAGCACAGGGAUGAGAUCAAGGAGCUGUAUUCCGAGUCCGACGAGACCUUUGACCAGAUCAGCAAGGUGGAGCAGCAGAUGCAGAAGCUGCAGGUGAACCACCAGGAGCUGCGCGAGCUCCGGGUCGUCCUGAUGGAGAAGUCGCUCAUCAUGGAGGAGAACAAGGUGGAGACUGAGCAGCAGCUCCUGGAGCUCAACCUCACCCUCCAGCACCUGCAGGGCAGCCAGGCCGACUUCAUCAAGUACGUCAACGACUGCAGCUGCCAGAAGCUGCCCCUCGGCCCCGACGGCCAGGAGGACGCCCCGGCGAGCCCGGGCCAGCAGCGCCAGGCGGACGACCCGUCGCUGCAGGCCCUGGGCCGGCGCGUGGCGGCCGUGUCGCGGGCGCUGGAGGAGCAGCAGGCCGAGGCGGGCGCGGCGCGGGCCGAGCAGGCGCGGCUCCGGACGCAGCUGCGGGCGCUGAGCGAGGAGGCGGGCGCGCUGCGGGCGGCGGAGGGCGCGCUGCGCCAGGAGGCGGCCUGGCUGCGCGGCUCCUUCUCGGCGCUGCUGGGGGACGCGCUGCGGCACGAGGCGCUGCUGGCCGCGCUCUUCGGCGACGAGCUGGUGUCGGAGGCGGAGGCCGGGCCGCUGCCGCUGAGCUACGAGCAGAUCCGCGCCGGCCUGCAGGACGCGGCCGUGGGGCUCCGGGAGCAGGCGCAGGCCUGGGACGCGCUGGCCGCCAGGGUGGCGGCCCUGGAACCGGCGGCGGGGCGCGGCCCGGGCCUCGAGCUGCCGGAGCCCGGCCCCCCGGCGGCGCCAGCGGGGCCCGGCGGGCCCGACCCCGCGGGGCUGGCGCGGGAGCUGCAGCGCCUGGGCGCCGACGUGCAGCGGCUGGGGCAGUGCUGCCAGGCCCCCGGGGCCGCCGCCCUCAACGGCUCCCUGGAGGCGCUGCGCGGGGCCCUGGCGGCCACGCAGCGCGGCCUGGAGCAGCACCAGCAGCUCUUCCACCGCCUGGUCGGGAACUUCCAGGGGCUCCUGGCGGCCAACGUCAGCCUGGACCUGGAGGAGCUGCAGGCCCUGCUGCUCAGGAAAGGGAGGAAGCAGCAAAAGGGCCAGAGGAGGGGCAAGAAGCAGGUGGGGCCUUGGGCCGUUGCCCCCGUCGGAGGACCGCUGCGCCCCGUCCCCGGCGCCGAGCUCCAGGAAGCAGGCUCCCCUGUGGCCUUCUAUGCCAGCCUUUCAGAGGAGACGGCCACCCUGCCGACGGUGAUAUUCGACACCACUUACAUCAACAUUGGCAGCAGCUACUUCCCUGGAGAUGGCUACUUCCGAGCCCCGGAGCGCGGGGUCUACCUGUUCGCAGUGAGCGUGGAAUUUGGCCCAGGGCCAGGCGCCGGGCAGCUGGUGAUUGGAGGUCACCGUCGGACCCCAGUCUGCGCUGCUGAGGAGCCGUCGGGUAGACACACGGCGACCACCUUUGCUAUGGCGCAGCUGCAGAAGGGGGAGAGGGUGUGGUUCGAGCUCACCCAGGGCUCACUAACGACGGGCAGCCCUUCGGGCACGGCGUUUGGGGGCUUCCUGCUGUUCAGGACCUGACCGCUGGGCUCAGGCGCUGGGACCAGGGUUGGCACGGACACCAUCCACGUGGGUGCAGCUUCUGCAAAGACAGCGAGGCCGCGGCAGACGCGCUGGGCGGGGGUGUUUCACGGCGAGCAGGGCCGGAGACGUGGCGCCUGGCUCGCUGAGCCUUCCGAGGCCGUGUGGCUUGACCCGCUGUCCACGGCCCUGGGCUCUCCGGCCUCCUCGACGAUCACCCUCCUGUGCUUGAAAACUGUGACACGAACCCCUCUCCGGCUUCCUCGUGUCCCCAGUCUUGUGCUAGAAAAGCAUUCUUUAGAGAAGGCACCUGUGUAUAGAGGUGGCAUGUCGGACAUAUGGGCAACCAGGCUCCAGUCACUGCAGGGCAGUAGGAGACAAUCGACCUGGCCGGUCGGUCAGUCAGAGUGAACACUGGGGACACGAGCCAAAGGAAGGAGCACAAGGAGUAGCUCCCCAGUCCCAGUCCUUCCUGGAAUGUGUCUGCAACUUGACUCCGUUCCCCUGGCCUCACACAGGACGGAGUGUGGGUGGCUUUCACCUUUUGCUUUCUCCACAGCCUGAGCACCCCACUUCUUCUUAGCACCUCUGCCAGGAAGGGAGCCGAGGAGAAGGGGGGACUGUAAAAACUGCCCCGGUCUCACCAUCUUUGGAAUAGAGUAGUGCCCUUCGAGUCUCUGCCUGGCUUACUGAGUCACUGAUGUGGUAGAGCAGGGUGGAAAUA